UCUCUUCUUCUUCGCGUCUCUCUCUCUCUCUCUCUCUCUCUUUGCCUCGCUGCCGGGGAGCUUCGAAUUGGAGCUCCGGGAGGGUUUUGAGAGCGCGUUGGAGCAGUGAAGUGAGGGUUAGGCUCAUUGGAGGUUGGGAUUCAGUGAUUUGAUCUUGAGAGGUGAAUUUCAAGAAUUUCUAUAAAUCAAGGAUAGCAUUCCUUCUAUAUCCAAAAUGCCAUCAUGGUGGGGUAAGUCUUCCUCUAAAGAAGUGAAGAAGAAAACAACAAAAGAAUAUAGUAUAAGUACCCUAAAUCGGCUCAUAAGUCCAACGGAACAAAGAAGUGGUAAUGUGAGAGUAGAAGGAAAUCGGAUGCUUAGUGACAAAAUUUCUCAAGAAGGAUCACGAUCAAGAUCUGAAUCACAAUCCACAUCACCAUCUAGUGAAGUAUCAUGCAGUCAGAGUUUUGCAGACAGGCCACGUGCUCAGUCACUUCCAGUUCCUGGAUCACAGUGUUGUCUAACAUGUUCACCGUCUGGAGUGGUUGCCUCAAAAUCAAUGCUAGAAAAACGUUGCAAAAUGCAGUGGAUUCUUCCACUUCUUAAGCGUGGCCAUCUUAGUAGAAACCCAGAUGCUAUUGAUGCUCCUGUUUCUAGCAGAUGCUCUGUUGAUAGUGAUGAUCCAGCCGAUUGUAAAAUUCAUAGCCCUGUAGUGGAUGACGUUGUAAGUGGUGGUAAGGGGGUUUCCAACCCUAAUCCCAGAGAUCAGGCUUCUGUUAGUGCUCAAAAGAACUUAAAAGAGGUGCUGAUGUCAGAAAAUCUACUGUCAAAUAACCAGUUGCUAGCUACACCACCCAAGGCAGGAGUUCUGAGCAAAUUUCAGUCCAAUUCACAGAGUCCUCAAAAUGGUGCUUUUGCAAGUGCCCCUGAUAGUCCUAUUAGAGUGGUUUGCCCUGAGCAGAUUCUCACAGCAGCACCAAAGCCCUAUCCUGGUGUAAAUUUCAUUGGAUCCAGACACUGUUCCAGUCCUGGUUCUGGUCAGACUUCUGGACACAAUUCUGUGGGAGGAGACAUGCCAGGACAUUUACUUUGGCAACACAGCAGGGGUAGCCCAGAAUGUUCACCAAUAUUCAGCCCUAGAUUGGCUAGUCCUGGUCCUGGGUCUAGGAUUCACAGCAGUGCUGCUUCUCCUAGGCAUCCACGAGCUGGGGGGCUUGCACCAGAAUCACCUACAAGUUGGCAUGAUGAGGGGCAGAAGAGCCACCGGCUGCCAUUACCUCCAAGCAAGGGAUCAUGUUGGAAGAAGGGAAAGCUAAUAGGCCGUGGCACAUUUGGGCAUGUUUUUGUUGGUUUUAACAGUGAUAGUGGGGAGACGUGCGCAAUGAAGGAGGUCACUCUUUUCUCUGAUGAUGCCAAGUCAAGAGAAAGUGAAAAGCAGUUGGUGCAAGAAAUAGCUCUUCUAAGUCGGCUGCAACAUCCAAAUAUUGUGCGGUACUAUGGAUGUGAUAUGAUAGAUGACAAACUGUACAUUUACCUCGAGUAUGUCUCUGGUGGUUCUAUUUAUAAGCUGCUUCAAGAGUAUGGCCCACUUGGUGAGCAAGCAAUUCGUAGCUUUACCAAACAAAUCCUUUCUGGUCUGGCAUAUCUGCAUGCUAAGGCUACUGUUCAUAGAGACAUUAAAGGUGCAAACAUACUUGUUGACCCUAAUGGCUGUGUGAAGCUGGCAGAUUUUGGGAUGGCAAAAUAUAUUGCCGGAAAAUCACGCCCCUUAUCAUUCAAAGGAAGUCCCUACUGGAUGGCACCAGAGGUUAUUAAAAAAUCCACAGGCUGUAAUCUUGCUGUUGAUAUAUGGAGCCUCGGAUGCACUGUUUUGGAAAUGGCUACGUCAAAACCGCCUUGGAGCCAAUAUGAAGGGAUUGCAGCUAUUUUUAAGAUUGGGAACAGCAAGGAUCUACCAGCAAUACCUGAUCAUCUAUCAGAAGAUGGCAAGGACUUUAUAAGAAGUUGUCUACAGCGUGACCCUUUUAACCGCCCUACAUCCAUUGAGCUUUUGCAACAUCCAUUUGUGAGGAAAGUAGUUCCCAUGGAAAAAUCUAUAAUAAAUCCUAAACUUAGAGAUCAGCGCAGAUGUGCUUCGAUUGGAGCAAGUUUCAGGGUUUUUGGGAAUGUGGGUUAUCGUUCUUCACUUGACAAAGGACUAAUGGUUCAUCAGCCCAGAGGUUCAAGAACUGCUCUGAUGAUCAGUGAUAGUCAUGCAAGGAACAUGUCCUGUCCAGUCUCUCCAAUUGUGAGCCCACUGUUAAGUCCAAGGUCUCAGCAACAUAUCAUUGGAGGGAUGUCUCCAAUAUCAAGCCCUCAAACUACCUCAGGUUCAUCAACGGUUCUAACCGGUGGUAAUGGUGCUAUUCCAUUUAAUCAAACAAGGAAGUUAGGGUUUCCUCGCAAGGGCUUCGUCGACACAAUAAGAUCUCAAGACAAUAUACAUCUUUUGGGAUAUGCCUUUCAUGGCCAGAAGCGCGAUCAUUAUCGUGGGGGCCAACAAUAUCCAUCUAAAGGUGACAUUUUGAUGGCAAAUGGACAUCUCCGAGAACCAAAUGAUAAACAGUUUAUGUUGGUUGACCGUCUCAAGGAGCAUUUAGGAGAGCAUGCACAAAUGAUACCGACACUUAAUCUAAGUCCAAGUUCAGUUGAAACCUGAUUUUUGUGAAGAUGCAGUGGAGAAAUCCAGUCUUACAUGAUAAAGCCUGAUAUUAACAACUGAACAGAUAUUUCGAAUUUUUGACGGCUGAAGCAGGAUAGGUAAAGUAUUCAUCGUCAUCUCCUCCUUCAAGCAAAUUCAGAUUGGUAAGUUGCAUGAUUUUAUUAUCAUUUUUUCGUCAUGUUAAGAAGAAAUCAGAAAUUUAGGAGAUUUGAAAUUAGCUAAUGGUACUUUUGACUAUUCAAUUGAGGCUUUAUACAUAUAUAUAGAAAUAUUGACAGUCUGAUUAUGCCGAUUAAAGUGAUAGGGAAAUGUUAAAGUUAGUAAUAUGGCUAUGGGCAUGCAUUUCUCUCAUCAUAUUAGCUUAAUCUCUUGUGUUGAAUCCAACAUAGAAAACAUGUGUUUGGUUUGCAUCAACAUGGUAAUAAAAUUUUGUUAGUUAUUUUGUUUGCAAUGUGAAUAACUGAAAUGACUCCUUUUUUUGAAAAACUUAAUGAUCAAUAGGAACAGCUAAUUCUUCCACUUCUUGCAACAUUUAAACAAUGUACUACUUCGUAAUCGAUCUUUUUUUCCCUUUUUAGCUAUGUAAUCAUUUUGCAUUCACUUUAAAAUGUUGACCCCUUCUUCAAGUUGCCCGGCAAUUUUAUCCUCUGCUUAAAUGAUCUUGAUUCAGAAGAUAUCAUUCUUGUGACUUGCUCAUUCUUGAACUUAACCUUUUAUCUUUCAGAUUAACAAUGAAAGCGUCCAACUGCCAAGGCCGCA